ACAGGUAAAAUAAAAUUGUAAUGUAUUUUGCCAAAAUGUUUGUUCAUGUUGUAAAAUAAUUCUGAGAUUAAUUGAAUAUAAUGUGUUAAGUACAUCUGAAAGAAAAGGAUAUGGGGACACCUACAGGCGAGUAUGAUAACAAUUGAGUUAAGUCGGCCAUAUUCUCUUCAGUUUUAUGAAGCUGUUGAGGAGAAUGGUAGGUGGAAAAUCUCUCUCCGGUCGAACAGAAAUAAAAUGUUGUCAGGCAUGAUUUUAUUUAUCCUUAAGGUCAAAAUGUGUACUAAAAGUGUUUUAUUUCAUGUUUGAGUCAUAAGAGACAUAGAGUUGAUGAAUAAUUGCAGUUAUAUGAAACUCAAUGUCGAGCACGUUAGGAGCACAUGGUAUUUCUAUCUUUUGUAUUUUCACGUUAUUUUUACACUUAUUUAUUUUUGACAGUUACGUGACCGGAUGAGCUGUACUUAAUCUGUUUGGUGUCAUUUCACAUAUUCUCAGUAAACGUGCGAUUGAUGAGCUCAGCCUUGGUCUCUGUGUGGUCCUUUCCGGGAGGGUCGAGAGAACGAACCAGUAGAGAGGGGUUACAAUGGUGCCGUGAUUCCCGUUUGUGAUCAAUUCAGAGCCGAUCUCCGGGGGGACGACGACAACAAGGCCUACAGCAGAGAACAGUGAGGACGUCGCACGUGUCAUCCGUUCAAGUGGACUGUGAUUGCCAGAUUCUACGGUUAAAGAAUUUUUUUUUUUCUCUUUUCUUCUCUGACGAACUUUUAAAAGGGAAAAAUACAUUUCGUUGGACUGCAGAUAAGUAAAGUGAUUUAAACAACAGUUUUAUUUGAUUAAUCUGACUUUUGAGUUUAGCUUUAGAAUAUUUUGAAUCUUUUGCAUUUGAGAAAAUGGCUGAGGGUGGUGCAGAAAAUUCCUUUUUCGGGAUUGGACGGGGUAAAUAUCGGAUGCAGUUCUCUGACACCAAGCCAGGGUCAGGUGAAUUCGGUUAUAAGGCUCACAUUCCUGAUGGUACUAGGGGGAAUUAUGUAGCUCAUGAUGUAAACAAAACUUUCCCUAUUACUUCUACCCCAAAGCCAUGCAAUGUAGAGGGUUCUAGCGAUCGAGACGUCAGCGAUUUCGGGGCUAUAGUUAAAGAAUUGGGCAGACAAAUUGGUGACUCAGUAACGGCCAACAUUUUGUCAGGGGGUGAAUUUCCCAGAACUACUAAUGGUAAUAACACAGGCUCUCAAUGUGCUAAUCUUGAUUUGUCACAGUUGAAUGUCAUUCUGAAAUCAGAUGAAAGAGACCCCCCAGUGUUUAGAGGGGAUGGGUUAGGCAGAUGUGACAUUCAAGAAUGGAUUGAUAUGAUGCAAGUUUACCUGCAAAAGAGAAAUGUCAGGAUUACUGAACAGGCUAAUGAGAUUGUUGGUCAUCUAAUGGGCAGGGCCAAAGACAUUGUGAAAGUAGCCCUACGCAGCAACCCUGCUCUUGACUGCACGAAUCACCCUGAGAUUAUUUACAGUAUACUAAAGCAACACUUUAGUGACGUGUCUUACUCAAGCAUGCCACUCGCAGACUUUUACAGUACAUUGCCUAAACACGGUGAAAAUCCCUUUGACUACUGGCUUCGUCUUAAUAAGGCAGCAGAUAUAGCCGACGAGUGUCUCAGGGGACAGGGUAGAAGAAUGGACAACUUAAAUUCUGAAGUUGCAAUGAUGUUUGUGAGGAAUUGCCCACACCCUGAUUUAGCACGCACUUUUAAAGUAAGGCCGCUAGAAUGCUGGACCGCGAAAGACGUUCAGGAGCUUUUGGACAGUUUCCAACGUGAGCUUAAACUAAGACCGAACCCUAACACCUACCCAGUCUGCCAUAAUGCACAAACGUCCAUACAAAAUUGUGGAAAUUCUAACGUUGUUUCUGAGUCUGCAUUAGUGUGUCUGAAGCAGGGGACAAACGGGCCUGGUGAAUCUAAGCAGGAUGCGAAGGAUCAGUCUGGAUUGGAUCGAAUGGCUGACAUGCUCGCUCAGUUGAUCGAAGUCUUGAAGACAAAGGAGAAGAGUAAACCUGAGUAUGAGUCUUCUGGGAGACUGCACAGAAGGAACGUUGCGGGACCGAGGAACUGUAAGAUUUGUGGCGACACAACGCACACUACAAUCGACCACUGCAGAUCUGAUCAUUUAUGUUUUAGAUGUCAUGGCUCUGGUCACUCAAAACGUGACUGCACAGCAAAAUUUCCAAAUUCAGCUUCUACACUAACAUCACCUAAUGGUCAGGGAAACUGACACGCCCACAUUCGGAGAGGGGGGGUGUGGGUGACCUUGAAAAUUCCCUCAAAGCAGAUACAGACUUCGAAGCUUUGUUUAGCUCCUUUAAGAAUAUAUGUCCUGAUUCCCAGAAAGUCGUCUUUCAAAACAUACAACGCGUUGAAUGCUCAGAUACACUCUUUUACACACCUGUUCGUAUUAAUGAUUCACUCACCGUGAGUGCAAUGUUGGAUACCGGCUCUAUGGCCUGUACAUUAAAUGAUUCAAUUGUCAGUACACUGAGAGAACACGGUGUUUUGGAUAAUGUAGAUGAAGAAGAUACCAACAUCGUUUUAGUUGGAUGCGGCGGCAAACGAGUAUUUCCAAAGUGCACGCUUGAGCUUAAGCUGGACGUUUACGGUUGUGACCUUAUUGUCCCAUGUCUCGUUGUUCCAGGCCAAGGAGAUGAUCUCAUUUUGGGGACUAACGUCAUUAAACAUCUUGUCCACAGGCUGAAAGAUUCUGACAGAUAUUGGGAACUGAUAUCUACGCCCAGUGAAACUAAUCUGGAAAGUGACGAGUUCUUGUCUAUGAUGGCUGGUGUAUAUCGAUGGAAAGGUGGAACAAUUCCCGAUGUUGUUGGUACUGUUAAACUACAACAUGCAGUUACACUUUUGCCUGGACAAGAGCAUCUUGUCUGGGGUAAACUCCCCAUUAAGUCAUGUAGCCAACCGGGCAGUACUGUUAUGGUGGAACCAUCUAGACUUCGUUCUGCCUCCAGGAAUGUUCUAGUGUGUCGUAUUGUCACUCCACUUUGGGGCGAUGGAUGGAUUCCCCUUAAACUGAUCAACCCUAGUGAUAGGCCAGUAACCGUGAGGCGAAACGCCAAAGUGGCUGACGUUUACCCCUGUAUUGCAUUAGAGGAUGUGUGCGAAACUAACCCUGAGCUUCCACUUCGUUCAAGCGUUCAGCAGUCAGCUGCUGAGUUGGAUAAGUCUGAUACACUGACCGACAGGCUGCGAAAGUGUGGAUUGGAGACUCUUGAUCUGGAAAAUUGUGAAGUUUCUAAAUUCUGGAAGGUGAAACUAUGUGACUUAGUGCUCGAGUAUGAAUCUAUCUUUUCCAGACAUUCUCUUGAUUGUGGUGAAGUCAAGGACUUUGUGCACAGAAUCCGUCUGUUUGACGAAAGGCCCUUUCGCUUACCAUACAGACGAGUUCCCCCUUCACAAUACCAGAAGUUACGUGUCGCUUUGAAUGAAAUGGAGGAAAGGGGUAUAAUCCGUAAGUCAGUCAGUGAAUUCGCAUCACCUCUGGUUCUGUGCUGGAAAAAAGAUGGCAAUCUUCGUAUAUGCACUGAUUUUCGCUGGCUUAAUGCGCGAACAGUGAAAGAUGCGCACCCCCUACCUCAUCAGGAGGACUGUCUUGCAGCACUGGGUGGCAAUUCGUUCUUUAGCACAAUGGAUUUGAC